AUGGAAAACUUUUCCUACUCCUCUUAUCCGGAAUCCGGCGACUCUUCGCCUCGUUCUCGAGAAAUUGACUGCGAAAACCAGUCAUGGGACGAGCCGCCAUCAACUAAUACUAAUAAUAAUGCUAAUUAUAAGGUUAAGUUUAUGUGCAGUUAUGGGGGCAAAAUCCUGCCGCGUUCACACGAUAACCAGCUCGCGUAUGUCGGUGGAGAUACGAAGAUCCUGGCCGUGGAUCGCAACAUCAAGUUCUCUGCUCUCAUGGCUAAGUUAUCUUCGCUGUACGCUGGAGAUUCUGAGUUUUGUUUCAAGUAUCAACUUCCUGGUGAAGAUCUUGACGCUUUGAUUUCUGUUACGAAUGAUGAAGAUCUCGAGCACAUGAUGUUAGAAUACGACCGGUUGCAUCGUGCCUCUGCGAAACCGGCCAGGUUGAGGCUGUUUUUGUUCCCGAUAAAUCCACCGCUGGUGGCGUCGGGGUUUGAUGGGAGUGAACCGAAGUCGGAGCAGCAAUGGUUCGUUGACGCCUUGAAUUCGGUGCAGAUUCAGAAUCUGGAUGGCUCUUCGCCGCGCGCUGCGGCGGUGCCGACGGAGAAUCCCGAUUUUCUAUUCGGUUUGGAUAAGGUGAAGUUGCCGGAUUCGGUCCCUGCGCCGGUGGCGGCGGUUGUAAAAGAGGUGGUUGCGAAGGAUGUGACGGCGGGAUCGGAUUGCGGAUCGGAGGAUCGGCACGUGAUUGCAGACCCGUUGGUGUCUCCGGCAGAGAUCCAGAGGCAGAUCCAGGAAUUGCAGAGGAUGCAAAUUGCUGCUACUCAAGAACAAGGCAUUUUAUACAGGAAAAUCGAUGAAUCCAAUCCUAGAGCUCACAGUACUCAAGAUUAUUAUAAAAUGUCAGAUAAAAUCGCCGCGUCACCAGCUCCAGGAUCAGCUCCGUUGCGAAUGCCGAUGCCACAGGCAUAUUUCCCGGACCAGCAUUUAACUACCGCUGCUUAUCCAGUACCCGCGGCCACUGCAGUAGCCCCAGGAACUGAUCAACCAGUUUACAUAAUUCCAUCUCCCGCCGCUGGCGUUUAUCAACAGCCUCCAACAUUGCGACAAGUGACUGUACCAUUUGGUCAACCUUACUACGGGGUGCAGCGGGUGGUUCAGGAUGUUUACCGGGAGCAACCAGUUUACAAUGCGGUGCCAACCACAAAUGUUGGGGCUUACCCUGAGGGAAUCUCAGUUAUGCAGCCGAACGGUGGGGUUCCUGAGUCAGGGUAUUUACAGGUGGCUUAUGAUGGGGCUGGAAGGCAGGUGUAUUACACAACAGCUCCAUAUCAGGCGAUGGCUCCGGCGGCGGCGGCGGGUGGUGUUGCACCGUUGAAUCAGGAUGGUAAGCUUGCCGUGAAUGCUAAGGCUCCACCCCAAACUUCUUCUGUGGUGGUGUUACUUUUGACAUUGUUUUAUGUGAAUAAGAAAGGGAUUUUGGUAAUGGAGAGAAUUGCUGCUGCUGCUGCUGCUGGAUAUUGUCUGAUCUUGGGGUUACCGUUUUAUGUUGAUUGUUGGCCCAUGUUACUUUGGGAUCUUCAGAACUUCCAGAAAUUGCAUACUUUUGGCUUGGCUUCGACAUAUCCUGCAAUUGGCCCAUUCUGCUUUAUCCUGCAAUUUGUCCCACCCAAGGAGUCCAUGUACACAUUUGAAAUGCCUCAGCAGCAGAAAUGA